CUGUCGUAUGUGGUGGUCAAAGAGAACUGCUGCGAUAUGGCGGAGCUGCACAUCAUAGGACAGAUCGUCGGGGCCAGUGGCUUUCCGCAAAACAGCCUAUUUUGCAAAUGGGGAGUUCACACGGGAGGAGCAUGGCGUCUUCUAUCUGGGCUGAAAGAGGGUCAGACCCAGGUAGACAUCCCCCAAACCGGAGACAUGGCGUACUGGAGUCACCCAAUUGACUUGCACUACGCGACCAAAGGACUCCAAGGAUGGCCAAAGUUCCACCUCCAGGUUUGGCACCAGGACUCUUUCGGGCGUUGCCAGCUGUACGGGUAUGGGUACUGCCAUGUUCCCUCAAACCCUGGACAUCACCGGAUAAGCUGUGUGACCUGGAGGCCGCUCGGCUCCUGGCAAGAGCAACUUGCACAGAUUUUUGUGGGUGGAGGUCCCCAGCUCCGCAGCCCUGACCUGAUAUACAACGGGGCGGACAGAUACAGACUGCAAACCGAAGCCAUGGGGACUGUGGAGCUGGAGCUGGGAGUUAUUAUGAGACACUUCGACAAAUAUGGCGUCGAAAGUUGA